UGUACUACGCCUGAAAGAUGGUGGUUGUAAACGUUGGAAAAGCGAAGCGCGAAGAAACGAAACAGACUGGAUUAAUGACAGAGAAACAGAAAACCUCUACCUAUAUCGCUAUUUAGCUAGCUAAAAGUAACCGGAAUGACAAAAAGGAAAGUUACAUUCAAGGAGGAAGAUCAAGAUGCUGUUUAUGAAGAUUCAAGUGAACCAAAAGCAAGGCGUUUUAAGGAAAAUCAUUCGUUGGAUAGUGAUGAUGAGGCUGAACAAAAAAGCAAUGAAGCCGAAGAUGAGGAUAUUUUAGAUGAAGAUGAUAUUGAAGGACAGGAAGAAGAAACCAUCAGGAAUGAUGAAGGGAUCACAGUUACUCCGUUCAACUUGAGGGAUGAGCUUGAAGAAGGUCAUUUCGAUGCCCAAGGGAAUUACAUUGCAAAUAAAACUGAUGAGAAUGUUACUGACGAGUGGCUAGAUUCGGUGGACUGGAACAAAGUAAAAUAUGUAUCACGUGACCAAGAUAAACCAAUGGAGGAGGAUGAACCAGCGUUAGAUGUUAUGAAUGUUAAAACUCAAAUGGUAGCUUUAAUGAAGCCAGGUGAAAACGUGCUAAAGGCGUUACGGAGACUUGGUGGAAAUAAAAAGCCAAUAAGUUCAGCCGAUCGAUGGAAAAAAAAGAAAACUGCUAAUCAAGCUGAGAGUGAAGAAACGAAAAAAAGCAAAGUAGAUUUAUUGAAACUGACUGGUUUGGCUGAUGAUUUGUUGCAAAAUGGCGACUUUCAAAUUUACGAAAAAACAUUUGAGAAAUUAAAUUUCGAAAUAAAAGAAAGAGCAGCACAGUUUGAAGAUGCAGUGGAGGACGAGGAUGAUGAGUUAGAGGCUGCUUUUAAGGUGGCUAAAAAAGCCUCUGAGGAGGAGAAAAAUGUAGAAGAACCUAAAAAGUCUAUUGAAAAAGAAGAGGAAGAAGUCAGAUGGUUUUAUAAAAUAGAGGAUACAGAGCAAAGUAAGUUGUUAGGACCGUUUCCAAACUCACAAAUGCUUACAUGGUCAGAAGAAGGACGCUUCAAGAAAGGCGUUUAUUGCCGAAAGGAAGGAAGCGAAGGGAGUUUUUACAAUUCGCGCAGAAUUGAUUUUGAUUUGUACUCGUGACGACUUCACAUGAACACGUCACAGAUGUAAACACGAUACUGAAACCCUUUGUUGACGUCGCGACGCACGGAAAGUUGUCAUAAUGAGGACAGUCACAAUGAGACGAUGUUGUGAAGUGAUGCAGCUACUGCUCCCUUAAGAGGUUGGAUCUCGGACUGCUUAUAUGUAUGCUUCAUAUAAGAUAGGCAUGUAAAUAUCCCUUUAUUUUUCUCUUGUUUUCAAUUUUCAUAAUUUGACUCUCAUCCUUAC